AUGAGCUCCGGUUCCUCUACCACAGGCUCUAAUGCCUUUUCUUCCGAUACGGAUGAAUCAAAAUUUUUGAAAAAGACUCGGGUCUUGCAUCGGGCACGACUGGGUUUAUCCCUCUUGAUCUUCAUCGCUGCUGUCGCUAUCAUCCCCUGCGAAGCAGUCCCGUUCCAUCAUUAUAAGACCACGGCUAAAUGGGCAUCUUCUGGUCUGGCCCUCUGGCCUAUGAACUUUGAUAUUCGACCGACAGUAGCUGCCCUUGCCUGUGGCUGUGUUAUUGGAGUUUUGAACUUGGCAUACGUUGUCGCGGCUCUUCUCCCAUUGCCACAAUCUCGCAUUAAGCUCCUGAAUUCCUAUUCAUCGGCCUCAGCAACUGCAGGUUUCAUCACAGCUCUGGUCGGUCUUCUCUUCAUCAUCUACCUUCCGUCUUCAUCCUACCCGACCGGCUUCAACGAGAAUGAGACCUUGCACAGCUGGACUUGCAAAUGGAAGUAUAGCUCUAGUGAUGAUGUUACACCCAUCCACUUUGCACGGGACUGUCACUCUACGAGUGCGGGCUUUGGGCUACUGUGUUUAACACUCGGAUUGGAGAUCUUCAUGGGGAUGGCUGCGGCCGCUGGAACCUGGUUCCAGAAGGAUGUCGGUCGUCGGCGUGAAGAGCAGGUUCAGUUGGAGAAGUUGGAGAUUGCCACCAAGCAGGCGUAUAAGAAUUGA